AUGGAAUCCAAGUCCUGGAAAAGCGUGUCAAAAGAGAGCCAAGCCUCGUCAGGGCAAACGCUCUUAGGCGACGAUCCCCCGCCAGGGAGGUGGGUAGAGCCAGCGGUGGAACACUCGGAUCUGCGACUAGUGCGCGAUGACAUCUCUAUGGAUAUAUUUCUAGUGGCCGCUGCAGAGCUGGCCGAGAGAUUUACCUAUCGGUCGGUAUCAGCACCAAUACAGAACUAUAUUCAGAAUCCCCGGGACGAUCCAUCGCACCCGGGAGCACUGGGAAUGGGCCAGACAAUAGCGACGAGCAUCAACUACAUUUUUGUUACAUGGUGCUACCUAUCUCCGGUUCUAAUGGGUAUCAUAGCAGAUAGCUUUCUGGGUCGGUUCAAAACUAUCAUUCUAGGAACUGGACUAUCGGCAGGCGGGGUAUUGAUUUUAUUUGCCACUUCUCUCCCAGGGAGUCUGGAGAACGGAGCUGGUUUCCCCGGGCUUGUGGCCGCGUUGAUCUUGAUCGGGCUGGGAACCGGUGCUAUCAAGAGCAAUGUUGGACCACUGAUUGCAGAGCAGUAUCAGUCUAUCGGGCCGCGCGUGAAGACCUUGCCAGAUGGUGAACAGGUUCUGGUAGACCCAAACAUUACUAUCCAGGCGAUAUAUGCCCGAUAUUACUGGAUAAUCAACUUAGGCGCCCUAUCGGUUGUACCCGUCUCGUGGUUAGAGCUGAAAGUGGGUUUCUGGGCUGCUUUUAUGCUACCUUUAUGCUUUUGGGCUCUGGCAAUGAUCGCGCUUCUGGCUGGUCGCACGCGUUAUAUUGUGCGACCUCCGAAUGGAUCAGCUAUUACCAAGGCAAUGCGAAUACUAUGGAUUGGUAUCAGAAGCGGAGGCAAUCUCGAGGCAGCCCGGCCUGCAUCACUGGAAAAGACCGGUGUCUCCGUGACAUGGGAUGAUGUGUUCGUGGACGAACUUAAAUGUGCCCUGGUGGCAUGUCGUGUAUUUUUGAUCUUUCCAUUAUACUGGAUUUGUAGUGGCCAGGCAAGUUCAAACCUUGUCAGUCAAGGUGCCUCGAUGAACACUCAUGGUAUACCGAAUGAUAUGAUGGGAUGUAUUAACCCCAUCACGGUCCUCAUUGCAGUACCAUUGUUUGAGCGCUUUGUUUAUCCGACAUUGCAUCGCCUGCAUAUCAAGUUCAAGCCAAUUAGUCGGAUCGCGACAGGCCUUCUGUUGUCGUCUUGUGCGAUGGCACUAGCGGCCGGCCUCCAGGAACUGAUCUACGAGACCUCCCCAUGUCAAAGAAACCCAGCAGCCGAUAGUUGCAAAGGAGUCUCUCCGAUUCGACGGAUCAGCAUACUUUUGCAAAUACCAGUUUACUGUCUGAUGGGUCUUGCCGAGCUGUUCGCAAUGCUAUCCGGCAUGGAGUAUGCUUAUACCAAAGCGCCACAGUCCAUGCGUAGCAUUAUCAUGUCCCUUUUUCUCCUGGCCGGCGCAUUCGGUUCUUCCAUUGGUGUUUCUCUUUCGCCGACAUCUGUGGAUCCCAAGACGGCUGUUUCAUGGAAAGAUCAUACCGCUGAAAUGGCGAACGUUGCAGCAGCGCCGAAUAUCCCACUAGCUCUUGCUCCAGGGUCGAAGGGCCCGGAGCAGCUCAAGACUGACGGCUUUAACGCAAACGCACAGGUCACAGAUGACGGUCGCGUGGAUAUCUCGCUUAACGAGGACGACCCUCAGGUAGCUGGCCUGUUGGAUGCUCUCCAGCGAAAGACAACCCGUCGCCCAUCGCAGGUUCAACGUGACGAUACUCCUUUUCCAGUUCGGCUAAACGUGGUGAUUCACGUCGUGGGCUCGCGCGGCGACGUGCAACCAUUCAUCGCCUUGGGUCGAGCUAUGAAAAGACAUGGACACCGCGUGAGACUAGCAACUCAUCUGGUAUUCCGGGAUUUUGUGAAGCGCAAUGGACUGGAGUUCUUCAAUAUCGGGGGCGAUCCGGCUGAGCUCAUGUCGUUUAUGGUGAAGAAUGACAAGCUGAUCCCAAAGAUGGAGACUCUUAGGCAAGGGGGGGUCGGAAAACGUCGCAGAGACAUUAGGAUAAUGCUCGGCGGGUGCUGGAGAUCUUGUUUUGAAGCUGGCGAAGGUAUCGAUAUGACUAGUGACGAGGCAAUCACGGCGGCACCAUUCGUGGCCGAUGCUAUCGUCGCGAAUCCGCCCAGCUUUGCCCAUAUCCACUGUGCAGAGAAACUGGCCAUUCCAUUGCAUCUAAUGUUCACAAUGCCAUGGUCCCCUACUCAAGCCUUUUCGCACCCGUUAGCAAAUAUCCGGGUGGGCGAUAUCAAGCCGUCGGUAGCAAAUUUCGCUUCUUACGGUCUGAUGGAGAUGGUUAUCUGGGAAGGUGUCGGCGAUCUCGUUAAUUCGUUUCGUCGCUUCGAGCUGGGUUUGGAGCAGUUGGAUGUUAUGCGCGCUCCAAGUCUGAUUUCCCGGUUGCGCGUUCCCUUCACCUACAUGUGGUCACCCUCACUCCUACCAAAGCCAGAAGAUUGGCAGGAGCAUAUCGAGGUAACGGGUUUCAACUUCCUAGCCGCAAACACCGACUUCGUGCCUCCCGCAGACCUGGUUGAGUUCUUAGCUGCAGGCCCGCCACCAGUCUAUAUUGGAUUCGGCUCUAUCGUGGUCGAUGACCCGGAUGCUCUGACCAAGAUGAUUCUAGACGCUGUUGAAAUGACCGGCCAACGCGCACUGAUCUCCAAGGGAUGGGGUGGUCUCGGAGCCGAAAGCAUCAAUCGCCCGGACGUCUUCUUCCUCGGAAACUGUCCUCACGACUGGCUAUUCACACGGGUUUCCUGUGUAAUCCACCACGGAGGCGCAGGCACCACAGCUGCAGGCCUUUCCCUAGGCCGGCCAACUACCAUUGUCCCUUUCUUCGGAGACCAGCCCUUCUGGGGUGCCCUGAUUGAGCAUAACGGAGCAGGACCGUCGCCCAUCCCCCACAAAAAGCUUACUGCCGAUCGUCUGGCCGAUGCGAUCCACUUCUGUUUGAAGACCUCCACCAUCCAGAAAGCGCAGAUCCUGGCCGAGAAAAUGUGCGCGGAGGACGGCGCCCGCGAUUGCUUAGCGAGCUUUCAUAGCCAACUCGAUCUUCGUCGGAUGCAGUGCAUGCUAUGUCCUGAUCGUGCCGCUGUCUGGCGUGUUAGACGAACCAAGAUACUGCUCAGUGCCUUUGCAGCUACUUACCUGGUCCAGCAGAAGAAGCUCAACCCGAAAGAUGUCAAAUUGUACCGUGGAAAACGCUACGACAUAAGACAAGGCUGUGAAGGGACGGACAGCUUCACCGGUGCCAUGAGCAAUUUCCUCACCGGGCUCGUCGACGUGCCCAUUGACGCAAUCCACAAUAUCGCGAGUCCGGCUGCGGACCGUUUUGCGGAGAACUACAACUUGCCAUCCUGCGAGGCGCGUAGAGCCAUGUUCACGCAGCCAGCCUCUGACGCAGCGCCGAGUGCAACCUCAGAAAAGGAGCGUGCGCAAACUAAUGAUGAUUCCAAGGAGACCGCUAGUUUGUCAUCCUCGACGACCACGCAGUCGCAGGAAGGAACACCCUCGAUGGUUGUCAAGCGAAAUCCCUUGCAGCGGGUAGUGAUUAACUCGAGUUAUCUGGGUCGCAGGGUGCUGAACUGGGUGGUUGAAGUGCCCAUGGGGGUCACCCUGUUGUUUUCUCAGUUCGCGCAUAUUGCUCCACGAUUCUACAAUGACGAAACUGUGCGCGAGCUACCUGAGGUGACCGGCAUUCGGUCGGGAUUUGUUGCGGCCGGAAAGGAACUCGGAUACGGCUGCUAUGACGGUGUCACUGGUGUUGUAACGCAACCCAGCCGCGGGUGGAAAGAUGGUGGGUUUGGUGGGAUGACCAAAGGCGUAGGGAAAGGUUUAGGUGGCUUGAUCAUUAAACCUCAGGCUGGUAUUUUUGGCUUGAUCGGCUACCCGCUUAAUGGCGUACAUCGAGCCAUUGAACAUUCAUAUGGAGCGGACCGACAGGGCUACAUUGUCAAAUGUCGCAUCAGGCAAGGGGUGGCAGAAUCUCAGGCUGCAUCACAGGAGGAGAAGAUGGCUGUCUUGGAGAAAUGGAAAACUUAUGAGGAAGGAGUUCGAUUGAAGCAUGAGAAGAAGCCUCGCUGA